CUCUGAGGGCAUCGUCCAAUCAGCGGCCAAGAAGAAGAAGAGCGUCUUACCUGAGCUGGCGCGGAUCGCUCUUUCAAGGCGUUUUUCUGCAGGGAUGAGGCGGACGCUUCGCCUCCUAGCGGACUAGUGGGAUUCUCGGACGGAGUGUACAGUGGAGGUGCUGCAGCCGGGAUUAGCUACUACGUAAACUGGGGGGGGGGGGAAACAGGGAAGAAACGGGAGCUGGCCUUUCCACCUGCCGGCGCGGAACACCUGCUGGGCCCGGCUGUACGGUCUUGUGUGCCGCUUUGCCUCUUCGCCCGCUAUGGAGCCCGUGCGUCUUCCGGAUGAGGACGCCUUCCGGGCUUUCCAAGCGGAGUGCGAGGCGGAGGAGGGCUGGCUGAGCCGAUACAACCGGGAAGGCAUCGCCGUCUGGGGGCAGCUGCCUGCCCAGGGAGACUUCAUGGUGCACCGCGUCAAGGGCUGCUUAGAGAUGCCGAAGGUCCUGGCUGAGACGGUGUAUGAUGUCCUGCAUGAUACCGAAUAUCGCAAGAAAUGGGACUUGAGUGUUAUUGAGACACAUGAGAUCGCUCGCCUCUCUGACAAUGCUGAUGUUGGCUACUAUUCAUGGAAGUGUCCAAAGCCCUUAAAGAACAGAGAUGUGGUGACCCUGAGGUCUUGGCGAAUCCUGGAUAAGUCUUAUAUUAUCCUCAACUUCUCAGUAAAGCAUCCGAAAUACCCUCCACGCAAGGACCUGGUGCGGGCUGUGUCACUCCUAGCCGGAUACUUGGUGCAACCAACUGGACCCAACAGCUGCCGUCUGACUUGCCUGGCCCAGCUUGACCCUAAAGGUUCAUUGCCCAAAUGGGUUGUGAAUAAAGCUUCUCAGUACCUAGCACCGAAGGCGUUGAAGAAGGUGCACAAAGCUUGCUUGAAAUACCCCGUCUGGAAGCAGGAGCAUAGCCUGGACAGAAAGCCUUGGCUCUACCCCGAUCAAAAUCAGCUCCCCACCAUGGCACUGUCUGAAUUGUCUCUCCAGCAUGCAUCAUCUCUGGAGAACAUAGAUGAGAGUGGCUUAAUGGAAACCAAGGAUGAGAAAGGAGACACCAGUGGAUCAGAGAACUGACACCGUUUAUUUUUUGCUUCCUCUCUGUUGAGGCCAUUGCACUAGUCUGCCACUGUGCCUUUCCUAGUCAGUUUUACAAUAAAGGGUGGAAAAUUA